AGGCAUUUAGUGGUGAGAGAAGUUAUGGAGUUUAGUGAACAUGGUUUCUUAGAGGAAUUAUUAGCUCUAAGAAGAGACACUUGGGAGACCAUCCCUACAGAAAUGGAUGGACUAUUCUCUAGUAAUUGGAGUUAUGGUUGCUAUGAUCAAAGCCCAGCUCCCAUUCUUCCAAAUUCUUAUUAUCAAGCUUUUUCUGCGCCACUUGAACAAGACUUCAACUACAACAACAACUUCAAUGAAGUCUAUUGUCCUUUUGUUGAUGAAUUGUCAGCACCACAACUUACUGAUUCAUCAAUAAACACACUUGAUACACCACCAUUUCCAAUUCCAGAAGAGUUUCCAUUGUCCAUCAUGGACGAUGAAGAACCUAAUAAUCUACUUGUGGAAAAUUUCCAAAAUCUCGAUGUGCAAUCUUCUUCUUCUUGCAAAGUGGAGCCAUUUCAGGAGUCUCCUGAAAUCCCAGUUUUCAACAUGGGAACUUGUCUCGAACGAAAGAAUAGAAAUAAGAAGUCGGAGGGGCAGCCAUCAAAAAAUCUAAUGGCCGAGAGAAGGCGAAGGAAGCGCUUAAAUGACCGCCUUUCAAUGCUGAGAUCGAUAGUUCCAAAAAUAAGCAAGAUGGACAGGACAUCUAUACUCGGAGAUACCAUAGACUACAUGAAAGAGCUCCUUGAGAAAAUCAAUAACUUGCAACAAGAAAUUGAAGCAGAUUCAACUCAUAUGGAGACAGUGGGCAUUUGUAAGGAUGUGAAGCCAAAUGAAAGUUUAGUGAGAAAUACACCAAAGUUUGGCGUGGAAAGAAGAAAUAUGGAUACCAGAAUCGAGAUUUGCUGUGCAGGGAAGCCAGGAUUGUUGUUAUCAACGGUAUCAACCCUGGAAGCAUUAGGCCUUGAGAUUGAACAGUGUGUUAUUAGCUGCUUUAAUGACUUUUCAGUCCAAGCUUCCUGUUCAGAGGAAACGGAGCAGAGAACGCUAAUAAGCUCUGAAGAUAUAAAGCAGGCAUUAUUUAGAAAUGCAGGCUAUGGAGGGAGAUGUCUGUAGGAAUAAAGGGAGUAGAAAAGAAAAAGAGCAACUUUAUGCUAAAAUUUUCAGAGACAGGUUCCCUCAUCUCUGUAAUUUCAUUGAGCUUUUAAAAAGGAAAGGUUGUAAUGAUUUUUUUUUUGGUUUAAUAAGUGACUUGUACUUCUCAGUUCUCAUAGCAAUGUAAUAUC